AUCCCGUAAGUCGAUGUAAUAUUCUUGGAUGUGGUGCAAGAUAUCAACAUUAUGGUUUUUUCCCCACGAAAACGCCGAGUCUAGUAGGACUAUUGACUAUGUUUCCCUGAUAACUCCAUAGACACAGAACUAGGAGAGAUAGAAUGGCUAACAGAAACCAUGGAACAAGAAAGAACAGCCAUGAUAUAAAACUGUCCAAGGCUUUGUCUUAUAUCUGCCGACAUGGGGCCGCCAAAGAGGGGCUUCAGAUGAAUUUUGGAGGGUUAAUAUUCGUAGAUGAGAUCCUCAAGCUAAGGCAAUUUUGUCAGUUCACUGAGGAAGAUGUCAGAAGAGUUGUGAAGGACAAUGAUAAACAGCGAUUUGUUCUUGCAACUGAUGAAGAUAGUGGUCGGUUACAGGUAGCGGCAAGUCAGGGGCAUACCAUGGAGGUUCAAGGACUGGAUCUUUCCCCUAUCACGGACAAAGACAUGGACAAGUAUCCUACAGUCAUCCAUGGUACCUAUUUAAAUUCUUGGCAGUCAAUAAAGAAACAGGGACUGUCACGCAUGGCUAGGAAUCACAUUCAUUUUGCCCCUGGUGUACCAGGCGAGGAAGGUGUCAUCAGCGGCAUGCGCUCAAGCUGUCAGUUACUGAUCUAUAUCAACCUCAAGAAGGCACUAAAUGAUGGAUAUGAGUUUUUUACAUCUACAAACAAUGUGAUAUUGUGCCCAGGGAAUGUAGAUGGCCUACUUCCACCUUGCUACUUUGACCAAGUCAUCCAACUCAAACCAGUCAGUAAGUUUAAAAGAAUGUUGACGUUUAUUUUCAAGAAAAAUUUGGAAUAACCAUCCAAACAUGAAGUUUGAUGCUUGUGUAGCAAUAUUUAACCGAAAAACUCGGUUUACUUGCUUGAAUUAAUCGAUGGAAGUAGAAUCUUUGUGUAACUCUUUGAAUUUUAAAUAAAUUGGAGAAGUUAAAAUGUUAAAAUACAUUAGUCACCAGCAGCAGUCUAGUUGCCUAACAAGAUACCUUGUUUUGUGUUUCAGGGCAAAUUCUGUCUGUUUAUUAAAAAAAACUGUACUUAAUGUGUACUACUGAAACCUAAAUAAAUCAAGAUCUGAUGAGCAAAAUAAAAAAAAAUGGCUUAAAACAAA